AAUAUAAGAACAAAAAGAAGUUCCAAGAUCCAAAAGCAAUCCAUUUUUCUACCCAUGUAUAUCUUGCAGCUCCUUCUUUCAUCAACGUCCAAGAUGGUGUCCAUGGACUUUUUCUGCAACCCCAUGUCCCUGGUUUUCGCAAUUUCUGCUCUAACCCUUGUUUUUCUCAUGAAAAUCUUAGUGGGAAAAUCAACAGAAAAGAAGAGGAGGUAUCACCCUAUUGGCGGUACAGUCUUCAACCAGCUCUUCAACUUCAACAGGUUGCACCACUACAUGACUGAUCUUGCUGGGAAGCACAGGACUUACAGGCUGCUCAGCCCCUUUAGGAAUGAGAUUUACACUGCUGACCCAGCUAAUGUCGAGUAUAUACUCAAGACAAACUUCGAGAAUUAUGGCAAGGGGUCCUAUAACUAUAACAUUCUGAGGGAUCUACUUGGUGAUGGAAUUUUCACAGUUGAUGAUGAGAAAUGGCGGCAACAGAGAAAGGUAUCGAGCUAUGAAUUCUCUACAAAGGUAUUGAGGGACUUCAGCAGUGUAGUUUUCCGAAAAAAUGGGGCAAAACUUGCUAUAGUAGUGUCUGAAGCUGCAAGCUCCAACCAGACAAUGGAUAUUCAAGAUCUUUUUAUGAAAGCAACCUUAGAUUCGAUAUUCAAAGUUGCAUUUGGGGUAGAGCUAGACAGCAUGUGUGGAUCAAAUGAAGAAGGCACCAAGUUUGGCCGCGCAUUUGAUGAUGCGAGUGCCAUGACCCUUUAUCGGUAUGUUGAUAUCUUCUGGACAAUCAAGAAAAGUCUGAAUAUCGGUUCAGAAGCCACGUUAAAGAGGAGUGUCAAAGUGGUUGAUGACUUUGUGUACAAGCUAAUCCACAGCAAGACUGAACUAAUGAAGAAUUCACAAAAUGAUUCUUCAAUGAAGAAAGAAGAUAUUUUAUCAAGGUUUCUGCAAUUGAAGGACAUAGAGAUUGAUCCAAAAUACUUACGGGAUAUAAUCCUCAAUUUUAUAAUUGCUGGAAAAGACACGACAGCAGCUGCUCUUUCCUGGUUCAUUUACAUGCUUUGCAAGCAUCCCACCAUUCAGGAAAAGGUGGCACAAGAAGUGAGGGAAGCGAUCAACCUGAAAGAGGCCACAAACUAUGCCGAGUUUGCAGCCAGUGUUACUGAAGAAGCUCUGGAGAAGAUGCAGUAUCUUCAUGCUGCUAUAACUGAGACUCUACGACUCUAUCCUGCAGUUCCUGUGGAUGCAAAGAUUUGCUUUUCAGAUGACACGCUGCCAGAUGGAUUCAGUGUGAAGAAAGGAGAUAUGGUGUCUUACCAACCAUAUGCAAUGGGCAGGAUGAGAUUCGUAUGGGGCGAUGAUGCAGAGGAAUUCCGACCAGAGAGAUGGCUUAAUGAGAAGGGCCUUUUUUGCCCAGAAAGCCCUUUCAAAUUCACUGCAUUUCAGGCAGGCCCGAGAAUUUGUUUGGGAAAGGAGUUUGCUUAUAGGCAGAUGAAGAUCCUCUCAGCCAUUCUGUCCGGUUGUUUUGUUUUUAAGCUGAGCGACGAUAAGAAAGCUGUGAAUUACAGGACAAUGAUCAACCUUCAUAUUGAUGGAGGCCUCCAUGUUCGUGCUUUCCACAGGCCAGACACAAAGAUUCUGGAGGCUUGAGAUGUAGCUGGCUACUCAUUGUAUCCUCCCAAGUGUGAAAUUAGAAGAAAUAUACAGGAAAUAGCAUCUGGUAACACCAACGCUAGUUCUGAUUCUAAGUAUGCACACUCCUUUCCAGCCAAGCAUUUGGGUGGAGCAAAUUGGCAACAACCUCUGCCUCUACAUUUCAAUCUCCACAAGCAUAAAUUCAUUGGGGGAUGGAGAAUUUUCACUCAUGCGUGUUAGGAUUAUAAAAUAAUAAGCUGUUAACUGUUAGUUUGCUAAGCUGUUAGUUUGUUAGCUGUUAAGAGGAUGUUAGAUUGCUAUAACAGAUUGUUAGUGUUGUACACAUGUAAGCAAGUUAGUUAGUGAGAAGAAACUAUUGUAAUAUAAAUAUUGAGGUUUGCUCUGUAAACCAAAAAACAGAGGAUUUCUUCCGGAUUGAAUCUGAGCCCUUUCUUUCCCUC